AUGUGAAACCAUUGCUUUUAGAAUAAUCAUGGGCCAGACUGGGAAGAAGUCUGAGAAGGGACCUGUUUGUUGGCGGAAGCGAGUAAAAUCUGAGUAUAUGCGGCUGCGACAGCUCAAGAGGUUCCGGCGGGCUGAUGAAGUCAAGAGUAUGUUUAGUUCUAACCGUCAGAAAAUUUUGGAAAGAACGGAGAUCUUAAACCAAGAAUGGAAGCAGCGCAGGAUCCAGCCCGUGCACAUCCUGACUUCUUGUUCGGUGACCAGUGAUUUGGAUUUUCCAGCACAAGUCAUCCCACUAAAGACUCUGAACGCAGUUGCUUCAGUCCCCAUAAUGUAUUCUUGGUCGCCCCUGCAGCAGAAUUUUAUGGUAGAAGAUGAGACUGUUUUACAUAACAUUCCUUACAUGGGAGACGAGGUUUUAGACCAAGACGGGACUUUCAUUGAAGAGCUGAUAAAGAAUUAUGAUGGGAAGGUGCACGGGGACAGAGAAUGUGGGUUUAUAAACGACGAGAUUUUUGUGGAGUUGGUGAACGCCCUGGGACAGUACAAUGACGACGACGACGACGACGAGGCCGAUGACCCCGACGAGAGCGAGGACAAGCAGAAGGGCCUGGAGGACAGCCGCGACGAUAAAGAAAGCCGGCCACCUCGAAAAUUUCCUUCAGAUAAAAUUUUUGAAGCCAUCUCCUCAAUGUUUCCAGAUAAGGGCACAGCAGAAGAACUGAAAGAAAAGUACAAGGAGCUCACUGAGCAGCAGCUCCCGGGCGCGCUGCCCCCCGAGUGCACCCCCAACAUCGACGGGCCUCACGCCAAGUCCGUGCAGCGGGAGCAGAGCCUGCACUCGUUCCACACGCUCUUCUGCCGGCGCUGCUUCAAGUACGACUGCUUCCUGCACCCGUUUCACGCCACGCCCAACACUUACAAGAGGAAGAACACAGAGGCGGCCCUGGACAACAAGCCCUGCGGGCCGCAGUGUUACCAGCACCUGGAGGGAGCGAAGGAGUUCGCUGCUGCCCUGACGGCUGAGCGGAUCAAGACCCCACCGAAGCGCCCUGGGGGCCGCAGGAGAGGGCGACUCCCCAACAACAGCAGCCGCCCCAGCACCCCCACCAUCAACGUGCUGGAGUCGAAGGACACAGACAGCGACCGGGAGGCUGGGACCGAGACCGGCGGGGAGAACAACGAUAAGGAGGAAGAGGAGAAGAAAGAUGAGACCUCCAGCUCCUCCGAAGCGAAUUCUCGGUGUCAAACGCCGAUAAAGAUGAAGCCAAAUGCUGAGCCUCCCGAGAACGUGGAGUGGAGCGGGGCUGAGGCCUCCAUGUUCAGGGUUCUCAUCGGCACCUACUAUGACAACUUCUGCGCCAUCGCUAGAUUAAUCGGGACCAAAACAUGUAGACAGGUGUAUGAGUUUCGCGUCAAAGAGUCGAGCAUCAUCGCCCCAGCCCCCGCCGAGGACGUGGACACCCCCCCUCGGAAGAAGAAGAGGAAACACAGGUUGUGGGCUGCUCACUGCCGAAAGAUACAGCUGAAGAAGGACGGCUCCUCCAACCACGUUUACAACUAUCAGCCCUGUGACCACCCUCGGCAGCCUUGCGACAGCUCCUGCCCUUGUGUGAUCGCACAAAACUUUUGUGAAAAGUUUUGUCAGUGUAGCUCAGAAUGCCAGAACCGCUUCCCCGGAUGCCGCUGCAAAGCCCAGUGCAACACCAAGCAGUGCCCCUGCUACCUGGCCGUCCGCGAGUGCGACCCCGACCUCUGCCUCACCUGUGGCGCCGCUGACCACUGGGACAGCAAAAACGUGUCCUGCAAGAACUGCAGCAUCCAGCGGGGUUCCAAAAAGCACCUGCUGCUGGCGCCGUCUGACGUGGCGGGCUGGGGCAUCUUCAUCAAAGACCCGGUGCAGAAGAACGAGUUCAUCUCCGAGUACUGCGGCGAGAUUAUUUCUCAAGAUGAGGCAGACAGAAGAGGGAAAGUGUAUGAUAAAUACAUGUGCAGCUUCCUGUUCAACUUGAACAAUGAUUUUGUGGUGGACGCAACGCGCAAGGGCAACAAAAUCCGUUUUGCGAACCAUUCAGUGAACCCGAACUGCUAUGCAAAAGAGCUGUUUUUCGACUACAGAUACAGCCAGGCGGACGCCCUCAAGUACGUGGGCAUUGAAAGAGAAAUGGAAAUUCCUUGACAUCUGCUACCUCUUCCUCUCCCUCCUCCUCUAUGGAACAGCUGCCUUAGCUUCAGGAACCUCGAGUACUGUGGGCAAUUUAGAAAAAGAAAAUACAGUUUGAAAUUCUGAAUUUGCAAAGUACUGUAAGGAUAAUUUAUAGCGAUGAGUUUAAAAAAAUCAACUUUUUAUUGCCUUCUCACCAGCUGCAAAGUGUUUUGUACCAGUGAAUUUUUGCAAUAAUGCAGGAUGGUACAUUUUUCAACUUUGA